AUGGGAUUUGACUUUGGGACAUACCUUGGGGACUUAGUGAAGCAGGCGCAAGCCGAGAUUACGGACAUUACAACGUCUAGUUUCUCUGUACCUGAUAAUGCAGACGUAGUUAAAGAUAGACUUAUGAAAAACAUUCCAACACAUCCCCUUGUUUUGACAUGCUUGGGGUUACUUGCCGCAUGCAUUGUCGCUCUUUUCCAGCCACAAUUGUACUUUGGACUGUUUUUGUUUGUUGCCGUCUUACUCACAUACAAAGCUUUGUUACAGUCGAACCCGUCCUUUAUUGACAAAACAAAAAUCGAUCCCUCAUUCAUCCACGGUAUUGCCACGAUUGUCUAUAUUCUUGUUUCGUUAAUCAGUGAAGCCAUUGGAUAUGCAUUGCUGUCCCUUGUUUUGGCAGUGAUUGCUGUGGGUGGGGUUUGCGUUUUCAUGACUCAAAGAAGUGAGGAGAAACGCGCCCCAACAGUCGACACAGAAAGCCAACAAUUCAACAACUAA